AUGUCGAUUCCACUUGCAGUGAUAGGAAGACUUAUCCUCGUGAUAAACUGUCUUGUGAAUGAAAAUUUACCGCCACUUGAUCAUGUUAUCACUGAUGGUCGUCUGAACUACAACGCUCUACAACAUGUGGAAAAUAUUCUAACUCAUACACGAAGAGACGAUGUCCUAGAAAUUUUACAACAAACCAUGGCAGGUAAAAUAAUUGUGGAGCCAAAAAAUCGCUAUCUAGACUCGCCACAAGUUCAAUUCUCGGAUAUCCUCCCGUAACCUUUUACGAGCAAAUCGGUAUGUGUAAAUUGAGAAAUCUAAGGCUAAGCUGAUGCUUUAGCCGAUAUGAAGAUUAUUGGAUAUUUGAAAGAAAUAGGACGCUUAUUAAGAUUUUAAUCAGCCUAACUUUAUUGAAGUACCCCCAUCUAUAGACCCUCAUUACACAGUGUAAUGAGGGUCUAUAGAUGGGGGUACUUCAAUAAAGUUAGGCUGAUUAAAAUCUUAAUAAGCGUCCUAUUUCUUUCAAAUAUCCAAUAAUCUUCAUAUCGGCUAAAGCAUCAGUUUAGCCUUAGAUUUCUCAAUUUGCGUGCUUUGUUUCAAGUUUUUAUGAACGGUCUGUGUAGUGUAGGUAGUGCGAAUAAUAACAAAACGUCAAACUGUUAGGGAUGCAACUUGACCUGAAAAAUACAAGAACUUCGACGUUUCGAACGAAGGCCCUUCGUCCGAAAGUUAGUAGAAACGUCGGAGUUCUUGUAUUUUUUUUGCAGUUGUAUCUCUAUCAGUCGAAGUUUGUGUGUUAACAAUACAUGAUGUUAAAUUUUACAAAUACAUUUUUCUAUACUUUAUUCUUUAAGGUAACUUUAACUUGUUGGAACGACAUGAGAGGCACAUUCAUCGCACCCUGAAUCAGUUUCAUAACGACCGUGACCAUGCUUCACACGAAUGGCCCGCAUGGUGUUACCGCUGUACGAAAAACAACCACCCACUACGACAAGAGACGAGCGUACACAGUACAGAAAAUGGCAAUGUCGUGGUCUCCGACACAGAAGGCGCAACGCAAAACAACGAAAGAUAUAUGGAAGCACGGUCUCGUGACCCAGAUCUGUCUCAUCCAUCUGCACAUCGACCACGAGAUCCACAAACGAGUAAACCGCAGGCAAAUCAGAGAGAAUCACCAUUGCCCGUACUAGACGACAGAGCGCUCAGAUCUACUAGAUCUCUUCUUCCACAACCAUCCACUCCCCUUGAAAACCCUCCACGAGAAGAACCAAGACAGCCACCACGGUGUAACAUUUGUGGAAAAAAUAUGGAG